AUGAAGUACUUUGUGGUGUGCAUGGCAAUCUUGGCCCUCGCUGGAGCUCAACCGGCUAAGCCAGAGAGUUGGAAGGGGAGCAAUAUGGACUCGAUUGUGGAACAGACCAAGAGCGAGUGCGUCCAGAAGAAUGACGAGAUGUCCUGCAUGAAGUUCAAGGUCCUCAACCUGUUGGAUCAGAUCUUCCGCAAGGACAACUUCAAGGUAUCUGACAGCGUUGAAGUCACUCGCAACUCGCAACCUGUCGAAGAGAUCGCCGCCCGCAGUGAGGCGUCCUUCCUGGACACAGUCCAGAACUACCUAGUCUCUCACGAUGUCACCUUCAAGCUUCCUCUGGAGUCCGCUGUCAAAGUCAGCGCAAGAAACAUUGCGGACGACCAAAUCUCCUUCGACGUUAAAUUCGGCCAAGGACGAGCAGUCGAGGAGGCCCGCAAGUCCAAGCUGAAGAAGGUCAUCAUCCCCAUUCUCGUGUUCGUCCUGCUGAAGGCGAUGACCCUCAUCCCCCUCGCUAUCGGUGUUCUCGGUCUCAAGGCCUGGAACGCACUUCAGCUCUCCUUCUUCAGUUUUGUUGUAUCUGUUGGUCUUGCCAUCUUCCAACUCUGCAAGAAGAUCGCCGCCGACAGCCAUGCUGCACCCAUUGCUGCUCAUGGACCCUGGGAGUAUCAGGCUGCACAGUACAGGUCCUUCCAGGAGGACGAGCCUCUCCAGAGUGCACAGAACUUGGCGUAUUCGGCUUAUGCCCCAGCAGCUUAA